AUGAUCUGGAGGUUUAGGACUGGGAAAUGGUUCAGAUGCAGAAGGUUAGAUGCAGGAAAGUUGACAGUGACCGACCAAGUCGUAAUCAAUGUCAUGAUGUCGCUCCUGCAGAAAAUGGCUUCUCGCAGGAACACCCUCUGCUUCCUGAUUCCUACUGUGACCCUCAGUACAUUCUCACUUGCAAUGCUCUGGGCGACUACGGACUCCGUGGUGCUGGAUGACCCCAACCCAAUCGAACUGGUGCGGAUUCCCUUUUUAAACUUAUCGUUAUCAUCAAGAUACAAGCCUGCUCGCUGCCUGCCAAAACAAAACAUCCUUUUCCUAAAGGUCCACAAGUGCGCCUCGACGACUAUUUCAAACAUUAUAGUGCGAUAUGGAUUAAAACAUGGUCUCAAAUUUGCCCUGCCAAAACGAGAAGAUGGUCAUAUAGGAUGGCCGCUGUCCCUCCGUCCAACAAUGGUGCUACCAAGCGAAGAGAAGCCGAACAUUUUGGCACAUCAUAUCGUAUUCAACGCAACAUCUGUGGCAAAGAUUAUGCCGAAUGAUACAAUCUAUCUUGCCACAGUUCGGGAGCCUUUUAGCCAAUUCAAAUCAACGGUCAACUUCUUUUAUAAUGUUGAAAUGCAACAAUUGGGUUUCAAAACCGGUGACUAUGUGUCGGAGUUCUUAUCGAAUCCUAGCAAAUACGAGAGGAAUAUAAAAUUUUAUUGGGGACACCGAUAUUUUGGAGAACGCUCCAUAACUAAAAAUUGUAUCGCAAGAGAAUUCGGUUACGAUCCGUCGCAAUUUCUCGUCACACCAAACAAAAUGGCAUCGUUCGCGGACAAGUUGGAUGGGAUAUUUGACCUUGUGAUGAUCAAGGAGUAUUAUUUUGAAUCAGUGGUGCUGAUGAAGAGGAAGCUGUGCUGGUCUCUUGAGGAUAUGAUCUCCAACCAUCUGAAUUCAAACCCGGAAAAUAGAAAUCGCGUAACGCAGGAAAAAGUGAAGAACUUGAUGGAAACGUAUCGUAACUGGAGCAAAAUUGACUAUGUUUUAUACGAGCGGUUCUUGGUGAUAUUUAGGCGAAAGAUACGAGAGACUGGUCCGGGGUUUCACAAAGAAGUCUCCUUGCUCAAGUAUCUUAACCAGGUAGUGACACAACAUUGUGGCAAAGCCUCAAAUGUGCAUUUGCUUGUUCCGGAGACGGAGUUCAGUCAGAAGUUUUUAGUGACGCCGCAACUCUGUGACAUGCUGAAGGUCGGGCCGCAUGAUCUGACACAAAGCUUGAUUCGGCAGCAAUAUGGACUUGUAAAACAAAUAGGCUACUUCAUUAAGUAUCAUAUUUUUAACGUCAGCGUGUGAAUGUGGUUAACUCUUUGCAAGUUUUGACCGAGGAGAAAAGUGAUGUCUGAAAACGCGAAAUUCUAUUAAUCGCUUCCGUCGUCUGUUCAUGGUUGUCGAUGCUGUGUUUUGAUUUGAUGAAUAAAAAAUUAAAAAAAACGGACACUACUAGUAGUUAUACCUACUGAUGACGUAGGGUAGCGUCUUGCCCCAUGCCCCUGAGAUAAAACCUCAGUA